GUGGUGGGUCCUCCUCCCACAAAUUCAUGUAUAAAUAGAUUUUGAGCCACAAACAUUUCAAGCUGCAGGGGUAUUAUUACAAUCAAACACUAUAGUUAAGGGUCCAGAUUCGAGUGGAGAGUGUCCAAGUACAAAAUCGAGAUUUGGUUUUCUGUCAGUACUUGAUCGGUAUCCGGUGGUGAAUUAGGUGAUCGUCAGAUUUCAAAUUCCUUCUUCAAGAUGGAUACUGAUCACAGGGCUGGUGGUGUCAAAUACGAGUGCUUGCUUUUUGAUAUGGAUGACACUCUCUACCCGUUAAGCUUAGGUCUCAAUUUGUUUUGUCGCCAGAACAUACAAGAGUAUAUGUUAGAACACUUGCAUAUUGAGGAAAGUGAAGUGCCAAAGAUGUGCCUGGAUUUGUAUAGGGAAUACGGGACAACUAUGGCUGGAUUAAAGCUCCUUGGUUAUGAGUUUGACAACGAUGAGUUUCAUGCUUACGUGCAUGGAAGAUUACCAUACGAGAAACUGAAGCCUGAUCCAGUAUUAAGGAAUCUUCUGCUUUCAAUGCCUCAGCGUAAAAUAAUAUUCACCAAUGCAGAUCACGCACAUGCAGUUCAAGUUCUCAACAGAUUGGGUUUGGAAGAUUGUUUUGAGGGCAUCAUAUGCUUUGAAACGCUUAAUCCUCUCAAACAAAUCAAUGUACCGGAUAAUGAUCAUGUGCCCACAGAUUCAACAGAUAGUGGAUCUUUCAAUUCCCACUCACAAAUCCUCUGCAAACCAUCUGUGGAAGCCUUUGAAGCUGCUAUUCGGAUUGCUAAUGUGGAUCCAAAUAAAACAAUUUUCUUUGAUGACAGUGUUAGAAAUGUUGAAAGUGCAAAAUUAGCUGGACUUCACACUGUCUUAGUGGGCCAUUCAGAUUUGGUGCCUGGUGCUGAUCAUGCCCUGAAUAGCAUUCAUAAUAUCAAAGAAGCAUUACCUGAAAUAUGGGAGAUUGAAGAAGCCAACCAGCAGCAAAAGAUGCAACCCCCGGCAGUUGAAACCAUGGUCCAAGCCUAAGUUUUGGUUCGAUAAAAUAUUUAGCAAACUUAUCAAGCAAAUCAUGAGUUCGUAUCUAUCUAAAUUUACAAUAAUUAUGUAAUUGUCUCCACAACAUGGUGAUGCUUAAAUAUAUAUAUAUAUAUAUAUCUUGCAAUUGGCAUCA